GAUUUUAGCGCAACUUUAGUUGAAGUUUCAAAAGCAGGGGCUUGCUCGCGGUCCGUCAAGUGAAGUCGAGGGAAGCAGGAGAAAUGAAGUUCAAAGCAUUCCUCACUCUGGACGGCGUCGCUCUCCUCGACAAACGUUUCCUCCCAUCCCUCGACAAGAUCGGCCGCACGUGCCACCUCUACCUGCGAGGACCGAGGACCCCGCCACAGCGCGUCAUCCUCACAAACCUCCUCAGCGGCGACGGCGUCCAAUCCAUCCGCCCAAUUCAGAACGACUUCCUCUCUCCGCGACUCCGCAUCUCCAGCAACUGCGACGACCGCAUCGCCCUUCCUCGUCGACGCCGCCAUCCUCCACGCGCGUGCAGCAGCGCCGCAGCGGUGCAGGCUCGGUUCGCAGGAGAGACGGCGGCGAUCCAGAUUAAGCUCGUGAAGAAGCUGACCGCGGGGUCCACCAGCCCGGCGCCCGUACUGACGUUCGAGACGAAGGGGCUGAAGUCUGCGGUGGUUCAGGAUGUGCCCAUCUCGAAGCCACUGUCGAGGGCGGAGGUGGGGCAGCAUGGGCAGCUGGAUGCUGCUCAGGACUUGCCGCAGACGUUAGUACAGGUUCCUGAUCUAGCACAGCUACAGAACUUAGUAGACAGGCUGAAGAAUGUGGGUGAUCUGCUCACAGUUGCUAUCACACAAUAUGGUGACCUCCAUCUUCAGGUGUCGACCUCCCUCAUCACUGUUGGCUCUGAGUUCCGAAGACUCAAAGUCCUUGGUGUGCAUGCUGAUGCUCCAGCAGGAGAUCAGAACUUGAGCGCUCCAACUCGCACUGAUAUGGCUAUCCAGAGAGGCCAAGCGCUUUCAGUGCAAGUGAGCAUGAAGCACUUGGCAAAGAGCUUGCAAUGCCAUUUAGCAAAGCCCGACUGUGCGUUUUAUGGUAUUGCUCCAGAAGGUGCUUGCUUGACUAUGAUAUUUCAGUUCUUCAUCCCAGGCACAAGGGUUACCGAUAAAUCCAUAAGUUUCCACUGCAGGCUUCCGGUCCUUGACACGGGCAAUAGUUGAAUUAAGAAAUGGAAAAGCUAUAGGCCAGAAUUUUACCAUCCUCCAAAGACAAGAAACUGACCAAUGAGGCGCAUCAUUAAUUUUACCCACGCUUUGUCACUGUUUAUUAUAGUCGUUGGAUGCCAGUCCAAAGAAGGUACUAUUUUCCUUACAAGUUUGAUGUUGAUCGAGUAUCGGCCACAAUCAGUGUCUCAAUUAUUAGUACUGACAUUUGUGUCUUCUUUGAUUUGAUGUUGGAGUAACUGAGCUCUUCAUGUCCUCCACCAGAAUGUCCCCAUGCUUGUGAAUUCUAGUGGCUGUGCGUCUCAGGAACGUUGAGAAGUCUUGAAUUGUGUUAUUGGGGAAUUCUAUAGCGUAUAUAUCAUGCAAUUAGGUAAAUGUUUGUAUUACAUAUUUUAAUCUUUGAUAUACAUUGUUGACGAAGAUUACAGAUACCAUAGUAACAGCCAGCAUAUGAAAAGUCUGUUUAACCAGUCAUCCACGA